AUGAGAUUGAUAUGGUAUUUAUUUUUAUUGAGAAUAAUAAUUUAUAGAAUUAACUCUUCUAGAUGUAAUAAUUUUUUAUUGACAAAAAGAAUAUUUUAUUAUGAAAAUCGUAUAUUAUUCUGUGGAAAGAUUAUAUUUUUGUUUCAUAGUUUUCAAAUUUUAAGGGAAAAGGAUUCUUUAGAAAAUAAUAGAAAUAUUAUGUUAUUGAAUACUAUGAAGAAACUUUACAAUAAUUUAAAAACAUACUUUUAUUUUAUUAGAAUUUAA